CUGUAAGACUGUAUCCCCUUCACUUUUUAUUUUCUCAAACGUACUCCUCCCUCAAGAACCCGAUUUCAUCGGCGGACGCUCUGAUUUGCAGCCACCGGACGGCUAUGGUAUAUUUUCCGAGGACUGAGAGUUGAAGCUGACGAAUGAGAUUUGUUGUGGAGGAGGAGGGAAGUUAAGGACUGAGAGUGCAAAUGGCAAGCACGAAACUAAGCGCUCCUACCCUUCCGAAAUCGGGAGCAAUUUCUAAAGGCUACAACUUCGCCUCAACUUGGGAACAGAAUGCUCCCCUAACGGAUCAGCAACAAGCAGCAAUUCUAACGCUGUCUCAUGCGGUUGCGGAACGACCCUUUCCGCCCAAUCUUGCACUCGACCAUGUCUCCCACCCGGAUAACGCCUUGUCCGUUUCCGUUUCCGUUUCCGCUAAGGACACCCCUCUCCAAGAUUCUGGCCCUGCUAUCCAACCUUUCUUGGUCAAUACAAACCAGUUUUACAAAUGGUUUACUGGUCUUGAGUCUUCUAUGAAGUCAGAGACAGAUGAGAAAUAUCAACAAUAUGUAACCACUUUAACAGAGCGCAUACAGACAUGUGAUGGUUUACUUGGCCAGGUGGAUGACACCCUGGCUUUAUUUGAUGAACUACAGCUGCAGCAUCAAGCAGUAGCUACAAAGACUAAAACUCUUCAUGAUGCAUGUGACCGGCUGGUUAUGGAGAAGCAAAGACUGAUUGAGUUUGCAGAAGCACUUCGUAGUAAACUCAAGUACUUUGAUGAAUUGGAGAAUAUUUCUUCAAAUUUUUAUUCUCCAAAUAUGAACGUUGGAAAUGAAAACUUUGUCCCUCUGCUCAAGCAGCUUGAUGAGUGCAUUUCGUAUGUUGAAAGCAAUCCAGAGUAUUUAGAAUCCAGUGUUUACUUGCUCAAGUUUCGACAACUUCAGUCUCGAGCUCUGGGCAUGAUCCGUUCUCAUGUACUUUCUGUUCUCAAAAGUGCUUCUUCUCAGGUCCAGGCAGCAAUCCGAUCUAGUGGCAGCGGAAAAACAGCUGUCUCUGAAGGUGUAGAGGCGUCCGUUAUAUAUGUUCGUUUCAAAGCAGCAGCAAGUGAGCUUAAGCCAGUGCUGGAGGGAAUUGAAAGCAGAUCAUCAAGGAAAGAAUAUGUUCAACUUCUUGCAGAAUGCCACAGAUUAUAUUGUGAACAGCGGCUUUCCUUGGUAAGAGGCAUAGUGCAUCAACGGAUAUCUGAAUUUGCAAAGAAAGAGUCCUUGCCAUCAUUAACUAGAUCUGGAUGUGCAUAUCUAAUGCAGGUCUGUCAGCUUGAACAUCAGCUCUUUGAUCAUUUUUUCCCAUCUUCUUCUGAGGACGCUUCAAGUCUGGCUCCCUUAAUAGAUCCCCUCUCUACAUAUUUAUAUGACACACUCCGUCCAAAACUUAUUCAUGAAACAAAUAUCAAUUUUCUGUGUGAACUUGUUGAUAUCCUCAAAGCUGAAGUCUUGGGAGAACAGCUAAAUAGGCGGAGUGAACCAUUAGCUGGGCUACGCCCUACAUUACAAAGAAUUUUAGCAGAUGUUCAUGAGAGGUUGACUUUUCGUGCUCGAACACAUAUUCGUGAUGAGAUAGCAAACUAUUUGCCUUCUGAUGAAGACUUGGAUUACCCUGUGAAGUUGGAACAAUCUGUUGAGAAUGAAUCAGAAGCUACUGCUGCUGAGGAAAAUCCAGAUGUAUUUAAAACUUGGUAUCCACCACUUGAGAAAACUCUAUCAUUGCUUUCGAAGUUAUAUCGCCGCUUAGAGCCAGGAGUUUUCACAGGUUUAGCACAGGAAGCUGUAGAAGUUUGCUCCAUAUCCAUCCAAAAAGCAAGCAAACUCAUUGUAAAGAGGUCAUCAUUGAUGGAUGGGCAGCUCUUCCUCAUAAAACAUCUUCUUAUUUUAAGGGAGCAGAUUGCACCCUUCGAUAUCGAAUUUUCAGUUACACACAAGGAACUGGAUUUCUCCCAUUUGCUGGAACAUUUAAGACGUAUUCUUAGAGGUCAAGCUUCACUAUUUGACUGGUCAAGAUCAACUUCUUUGGCAAGGACCUUGUCUCCCAGAGUUUUGGAAAGUCAAGUAGAUGCAAAGAAGGAUCUUGAAAAAAGCCUAAAAGUCACUUGUGAGGAGUUCAUUAUGUCAGUCACUAAGCUAGUUGUGGAUCCUAUGCUUUCAUUUGUUACCAAGGUGACAGCUGUGAAAUUUGCCCUAUCCUCCGGCAAUCAAAAUCAAAAGCUCGGGUCAGUUAUGGCCAAACCACUUAAGGAUCAAGCUUUUGCUACUCCAGAUAAGGUGGCUGAACUUAUUCAGAAGGUAAGUGCUGCUAUUCGGCAAGAGUUGCCAACAGUGAUGGCAAAGAUGAAGCUAUAUCUGCAGAACCCAUCAACACGAACAAUACUUUUCAAACCAAUAAAAACAAAUAUUGUGGAAGCCCACGUACAAGUACAGUCCAUGCUAAAAGCAGAAUAUUCCACUGAAGAGAUAGAAAGCGUCAUCAAUAUGGUGUCGAUACAGGAUCUGCAAGCACAACUUGAUAAUCUCUUAUAAGGUGAAGACCAUCGAAUUUCCUAAUGCCAAAUCUUUCCAUCAGUAAGAUGAUCUUGAGCGUUAUUUUUGCUGUGGAACCAUGAGGUUGCUGGUAGAUAAAUAGGAAAUGAAUUCGACAUAGGGGCACGUUAUGAGCUGUAGUUUUUCCUUGGUAGAAUCCAUAUCAAGUCAUAUUAUUUGGUUCCGGACAUUCUAUGCUGUUAAUUAUCUCCAUAAACAAUCAUUUCAUAUACUAAUAUUGCUUGGGAUAAUUCUUGCAUCA